AGUAUGGAGCGGGAUUGUUGAUCAAAAGUUUUCAGAAUGACGAGCUUACUCACCCUUUUGGCUUACAUAAGAUACAUAGUUCCAUAAACCAUAAGUUGCACCUAUAGGUAACCUGUACCUACAUCAAUCUUACACCAACGACUUUUUAAUUCGGGUGUAAAACAAAUUGCCCAUACAAAAAUGCUCACAAGAGUGCUAAGCUGUCUCAGGCGGGCCCUAUGCCAAGCGCCAAGCCGCGUUAUGCCAAAAAACAGGCAGUGUUGUGCCAACCACCGCCGGGGAAACACUCCUGUCACCCGCCAUUUCCCGCGAAUAAAUCCGCGGGAACCGUUCGAAAACCCCCAUAUGAAGGAAGCAACACUGGUUACAAGUGCCCAAACCCUCACGAUCACCUUGAGGUGUUACCACAAUACUAACUUCUACAGAAUACAGGAGGGUAGUCGAGAAUGAAACGCGAUGAGUCGGCCAAGAGUCUGACUCGUUACCAAGGGACGCGCAGGCUGAGUGAGACACCUUUGUCGACGUACACCUUCAGUCGGCGCCAGAACUCGCUCACUAUCAGCAGCCUCGCCCAGCAACAAGCCUACUUCGCUGAGAAGGCUUUUAACAAGGAGAACCAGGAGGAUUUAAAUCAGAUACCCCCAGUUUCCUUCUUCAAAUUAUUCAGGUUCGCCACACCAUGGGAGAUCAGCAUGCUCAUGAUUGGCUGCGUGCUGGCGACCAUCAACGGGCUGUUCGUGCCGGUCGGGACCAUCAUCUACGGCGAGUUCACCACGCUGCUCAUAGACCGCUCCGUCAUGACCAACACUUCCACCAAGACGUUGACCAUGGAGUGGUUCGGCGGAGGGAAGGUCCUGACCAACGCGUCUAGAGAGGUGAACCGGCUCCAACUGAUCCAGGACUCGCAGGCGUUCGGCAUCGGCUGCAUCGUGUUCUCGCUGCUGCAGUUCAUCGUGGCCGCCAUCAGCAUCGACCUGUUCAACUACGCCGCGCUCAACCAGAUCGAUCGAGUGAAAGACCGAUUCUUGCGCGCCGUGUUGCGGCAAGACAUCUCGUGGUACGACCUCAACACUACCAUGAACUUCGCAACUAAAGUAUCCGAUGACGUGGAGAAGUUUCGCGAAGGCAUCGGCGAGAAGGUGCCCAUGUUCGUGUACCUCGUGCAGUCGUUCACCACCUCCGUCGUGAUCUCCUUCUUCUACGGGUGGAAGCUGACGGCGGUGAUCCUGUCGUGCGCGCCCGUGAUUAUACUGUCUACUGCUGUUGUUGCUGCUGUACAAUCAAGUCUCACUGGGAAAGAGUUGAACGCGUAUAGCGUGGCCGGAGUGAUAGCUGAGGAGGUGCUGUCCUCCAUACGGACUGUGGUGGCCUUCGGGGGAGAGGAGAAAGAAAUUAAAAGGUACAGUGACCGGCUAGAGCCCACCAAGAAGACGGGCAGCAAGAAGGGCAUGUGGGCCGGCAUCGGCAGCGGCAUCAUGUGGUUCAUCAUCUACGCGACCUACGCUCUCGCCUUCUGGUACGGAGUGGGGCUGAUCAUCGACAGCCGGCAUGAGACGUAUCCGGUUUAUACGCCCGCUGUGCUCAUGAUUGUAUUCUUCAGCGUGCUCCAAGGCGCUCAGAACGUGGGGCUCACGUCCCCUCACCUGGAAACCAUGGCCAACGCGAGGGCGUCCGCAGCCGCCAUCUACACCGUCCUGGAUCGCAAGCCGGACAUCGACAGCCUGUCUACAGAGGGCAGCAGGCCAGAACUGCACGGGGAUAUCGAGUUCAAGAAUGUAAACUUCAGAUAUCCUGCUCGGGCUGAUGUUCAGGUCCUCAACGGCUUAUCUAUAAGCAUACCUAAAAACAAGACAAUCGCGCUAGUGGGCUCCAGUGGCUGCGGGAAGUCGACAGUCCUGCAGCUGAUCCAGCGCCUGUACGACCCUGAGUCCGGAACUGUCUUGGCGUCAGGCCACGACCUGAAGCAGAUGAAUGUGAAGCAUUUGAGGACCCACAUAGCGGUCGUGGGACAGGAACCGGUCCUGUUCGCUGGAUCUAUUCGGGAUAAUAUUCGGCUCAGCAACCCGUCCUGCACAGAUGAGGAGAUCGUCGUGGCCGCCAAGCAAGCGUACUGCCACAGCUUCAUCAGAAACCUACCUGAUGGCUACGACACGAUGAUAGGCGAGCGAGGGGCGCAGUUGUCUGGUGGCCAGAAGCAGCGCAUAGCUAUAGCCAGGGCUCUGGUGCGGAGGCCCAAGAUCCUGCUGUUGGACGAGGCCACGUCCGCCCUGGACUCUCACAGCGAGGCCAAGGUGCAGAAGGCUCUAGAUGCGGCCGCCCAUGGCAGGACCACCGUCAUGGUCAGCCAUAGAUUAGCAACUGUUCUGAAUGUAGACAAAAUUUAUUUCAUUGAAAAGGGAGAAGUAUUAGAAGAGGGCACGCACGACGAGCUACUUGCGCAGAAAGGGAAAUAUUACAACCUCGUGCUGGAAAACGACCCUAAUUUAGCAGCCCCUGCUGUAGACGCCGAUGCAUCCAGACAAACUGCUGGAAAAACUGCAAGGAUGCACCGACCAAAACUAGCCAAACUAGCGUCCAUAGAAUCCAUUCAAAGCGAGGGAUCUUCGUCCGAAUCUGAAGACGAAGCUGAAGCAGAAAAGAAAGAAGAAGUAGUAAAGGAUCCAACGAAUUGGGAGAUCAUGAAACUGUGUGAACCGGAGAAAUGGCUAAUGGUGAUUGGAGUCAUAGCAGCUAUAGCUGUGGGAGCGUCGUUUCCUAUGUUUGCUAUAUUGUUUGGUGAAACUUAUGGGUUGUUCCAAAGCAAUGACGCAGAAUACAUAAUGCGCGAGACGACGAAAAUUGCAAUAUUCUUCCUCUUGGUCGGGAUAUGGACUGGAGUAGGAAUUUACUUGCAAAUAUACAUAUUCAAUCUCACUGGAGUUCGAUUAACGGAGAGAUUGAGGGUGGCAGCUUUCAGAUCAAUGCUGAAACAAGAUAUGGCGUGGUACGAUGAUCCUAAAAAUGGAGUGGGAGCAUUAUGCGGCAGAUUAGCAGCAGAUGCAGCAGCUGUUCAGGGUGCAACCGGCUCCCGAAUAGGUGCUCUGAUGCAAGCCAGCGCAACAAUCGUCAUCGGCAUAGCUCUGUCCAUGUAUUUCACGUGGCAAAUGACACUGGUGUCUUUGAUUUCCGUGCCCAUGAUCAUAGGGGCGGUGGUGCUCGAAGGAAGGGUCUUGGCUGCGGGUCUGAACACCAUGAGGGAAUCCGGAGACCGCGCCACUACUAUAGCUACGGAAGCUAUCACGAAUAUAAGGACUGUUUGCGCGUUCUGUGGUGAAGAAGGUGUAGUAAAGAGAUACCAAGAGGCUGGCAAGCAGCAACGAAUGGGAGCGGUCAGAGGCGUGCGUUUCCGAGGGAUCGUGUUUGCGUUUGGACAGACGGCGCCUGUCGCCGGCUAUGCCCUAUCUCUGUGGUAUGGGGGUGUCCUCGUGGCUAACAGGGAGAUUGAAUAUAAAUCUGCCAUCAAAGUAUCAGAGGCGCUUAUAUUCGGAGCUUGGAUGAUGGGGCAGGCUCUAGCUUUCGCUCCCAACUUCAGUGCGGCCGUGUCGGCGGCCGGGCGCGUGCUGGCGUUGCUGAACCGAGUCCCUAAAGUACAGAGCACCACUUCACCUAGCGUCCCUGAGAAUUAUAUCGCGUCAGGAGCCAUCCAAUACAAAGGCGUCCGGUUCCGCUACCCCACCCGGCGCGAGGUGGAGGUGCUGCGAGGCCUGUCCCUGGACGUGCCGAGCGGCAAGCGCGUGGCGCUGGUGGGGCCGAGCGGCUGCGGCAAGUCCACGCUGAUACAGCUGCUGCAGCGCCUGUAUGACCCAGAUGAGGGGGAUGUGUUACUCGACGAGCACAGCAUAAUCUCCGACAUGCGUCUGACCACCCUCCGCCGGAACCUGGGCAUCGUGUCUCAAGAACCAGUACUCUUCGACCGAACCAUCGCAGAGAACAUCGCGUACGGAGACAACACCAGGGAGGUGCCGAUUGAGGAGAUCGUGAAGGCGGCUAAGGAGGCUAAUGUGCACUCGUUCAUUGCUGCUUUGCCUACUGGCUACGACACCCGCAUCGGCGCGCGCGCAUCCCAGCUCUCUGGCGGACAGAAGCAGCGGAUCGCCAUCGCGAGAGCGCUCGUGCGCAACCCGCGCGUGUUGUUGUUGGACGAGGCCACUUCCGCACUGGACACGCAUAGCGAGAAGGUGGUCCAAGAAGCUUUAGACAAGGCGAGCAAAGGGCGAACCUGUCUCAUCAUCGCCCACAGACUAGCCACUAUCCAGAACGCCGACAUCAUCUGUGUAAUCGACCAAGGAGUCGUCAUAGAACGAGGCACACAUAAGGAGCUCAUCAAACUACGUGGAACUUACGCUAAAUUGUAUGAACUGCAGUGCGGUAUACAGGAAGAAGAAGAGGAGAAUUUACCGCAAGAACCUAACAACAAUACCGCUGGAAGCCCCGAUAAUAACCAGAAUCCGCCCGGCGGUAAUACGAAUAACGCUGCAGCUUAGAGGUAUCCCUUAUUAAAGCAAUGGGAAUGUAUUUCCCACAGUUUCAACUUUAACCCAUUCAGGGAGAAAACCAAUGAAAUUUUUGAAUAAGCCAUGUCACGUUAAGGGGUAUUCAGGUAGUUUUGUGUUUUCCGAUGUUUCCCUAUCAUCGCCUAAUCGUUCACUCCAGGUUUAUCUUAGUGGCG